AGAGUGAACGUUUAUACUGUUUCAAUAAACGUUCCAAGGACCUCAUAUUUUGUUAAGAAAAAUCAAAAGAGCUUCCGAUAAAUUAACCGCGCCAUCUUGGAUGCUGAAAGAAGCGUGUGGAAGUCCAAUAAUCAUUGAAAAUGUCACACACUAUCUUAUUGGUACAACCAAACAGUCGUCCAGACACAAGAACAUACUCAGAUUAUGAAUCAUUGAAUGAAUGUCUAGAAGGAAUUUGUAAAAUUUAUGAAGAACAUCUAAAGAGACAGAAUCCAGAUUGUCCAUCCAUUACAUAUGAUAUAAGUCAGCUGUUCGAUUUCAUUGACCAACUUACAGAUCUUAGCUGUUUAGUUUUUCAGAAGAAUACAGGAAGUUACUCCCCUCACAACAAAGAAUGGCUAAAAGAGAAAGUCUACAUCUUGUUAAGGAAACAAGCAUAAAAGUUCCAAAAGAACUAUGGCAGCUAUGUUCCACACAAUAAAGAUUGGUUAAAAGAGAAAAUUUAUAUAAUGUUAAGGAAACAAGCAGGGAAGUGAAGAAGAUGAUAAUCAUCAUUUGUUUCAUUGUGUGACUGGGAGGAGAGACUGACUUUGUUAUGUUUUUAUACAUUUUGUUUAUGAGAGAUUACAUAAAGUGUUUUUUUUUUUGUUGAUAUGCACAAACAAACUUUUCUUACUGAAAUGUAUUGAAAAUGAAGCUUGUUAAUUAAAUGAAAUCUAGGUAUUUUUGAUUUAGCUAAAAACACUUUUACUGCCUGGUUUCACAGAACAUGAAUAAUAAUGGGAACCAGUAGGUAUUUCUGUAUAAUUCAAACUUUGUUACAGUAAUAGAAAUUAAAACAUAUUAUGUAUUGAAAUUGUUUGAUUUUAAAAAAUGACUGUUCUGUUGGAAGGGGUAUUAUCUAUUAGUGGUUUAUUUUAUGAAGCUUUGUGGGAUUCUUUUUGAUGUACAUGUAGUUCUUCUUUUUUUAGCAAGAAAAAAUCUACACAAUUGGGAAGCAUGUGCACUACUAUAGAAAAGGUUUUUGGGACAGUUUAUAUCUUGAUGUUUAGCCUUGGUGGUUGUUGUCAACCAUUUAUUGUUCAAAUCUUUUGAAGAAAACUAUGACUGGUUGUGGCUUAUUAAUAUUAUAUAUAAACUGUACAUUCUUAAUGAAGCAUGUUAUGAUAUAUAAGAUGUUACAAAGAAAAGUUAUGAUGAUAUGGUACAUUUAUAUUGCUUUAUAGUCACUAUUUUAAUUUCACCUUAAAACAGUUCCAAUUUGGAUCUGUAAUACACUGUAGCAGAUGCAUAGCAGUUGUAAUUUCUUUUCUGAUAAUUAUUUUACUUUUAUAGUAUACUUAGCUACUUAAGGUCUUUUUAUUAAAAGAGAAUCAGAAUUUUUUCCAGUAUAUUAUAUUUCUACCAAUUUAAAAUACGUAUUGAUAUACAUUAUUCCUUUUAAUGUACAGCAUAAUUCUUAUGCUGCAAGGAUUUAUAUCCAGUUUAGUUUGUUUUUAUUACAUAGGAUAACUUUUGAAUUAGAUCAUGUGUAAAAGACAAAAAUUGAGUUAUAAAUGCUUAAAACUAAUGCCAUUGAUGAUAUAUGCUUGUUUUUCAUUCAUAUCAUAGUCAUUUCAUUUUGUGAAUAAAGUAGCAACAUAAAAUCAAUAA